AUGGUUACUGGAGUAUAUGGGCCUCAAGCGGAUAAUGAGAAAUCCAACUUUUUGCUGGAAAUGAGACACCUGAAAACAGUUUGCUCUCCGGAAUGGCUUAUCCUUGGGGAUUUUAACCUGAUCAGCAAGGCAGAUGAAAAGAGCAACCCAAACAUCAAUCUGAGACUGCUGCGAAGCUUUAGAGCAGUGAUUGACGAUCUCAACCUCAAAGAAUUACCACUCACUGGUCGACGCUUCACUUGGUCCAACGAGAGGCUCAACUGCACCAUGACAAAGAUUGACAAGGCUCUUUUUACCGAGGAAUGGGAGGCUAAAUUUCCUGACUUCCAAAUGCUUGCUGGGUCUACAGAAAUAUCUGACCACUGCCCUCUAAUUCUCAAAAAACUCAAUAACAAGAGAUUCCCUGGUUUUAGAUUCGAAGCUUGGUGGGCAACGCAAAUAGGGUUCAGAGAAACCGUUGAACAUUUUUGGAAGAAACCUUUCUCCUGCUCCGAUCACAUUCGCAGGCUACACAUCAAGCUCACUAGGACGGCAAAAGGCCUCAGAAAAUGGAGCAAGCAAAUUCUCAAAGAAAGAAAAUUGGCUGCUGAUAUUGCAGCCGAAGUGAUGUUCCAGUUGGACGUCGCACAAGAAUCGCGGCCACUUUCUGUUGAAGAACUAAAGCUGCGCAUUUUUCUCAAGUCCAGAUUACUUGCACUAGCUGCCAUUGACAAGAUCAAGUGGCGCCAACGAUCCCGGUUGAUCUGGAUCAAAGCCGGGGAUGCAAAUACAAGAUUAUUUCACUUGCGAGCAAAUGGCCGAAGAAGAAAGAACCACAUCCCCUUCUUACAUGUGGAUAGUAGAGUUGCAACGGAGCACAAUGACAAAGCAGGGGUUUUAUUUGAUCACUUCAACACCCUGAUGGGGCAACGCCAAGCAACUGAAAAGUGUUUGAACUGGGACUACAUCAAUAUGCCCACUGCUGAUCUGAGCCAUCUUGAUCAGCCCUUCACUCUCGAGGAAUUGCAGACUGCUAUAUUUGAUAUUGCCGCUGAGAAGGCACCUGGGCCUGAUGGAUUUAUCGGGACUUUCUUCAAAAAAUGUUGGCACACUGUCAAGAUUGACCUUCUCAAUGCAGUCAACCAGAUGUCUGCUCUUGAUGGCAAGCAAUGGAACCUCCUCAACACGGCGUACAUCGUGCUUAUUCCUAAGAAAGAAAAUGCCCUCAGACCACAUGACUACAGACCAAUCAGCUUAACUCAUAGCGUUGCAAAAAUACUUGGAAAACUACUUGCCAACAGAGUUGGUCCUGAGUUACAACACAUCAUCUCGGUUAGUCAGAGUGCUUUCCUUAGGGGAAGAAGUAUUCAAGAAAACUUUCUUUAUGUUCAAAACCUGAUCCAGAGUCUACACCGUGCAAAGAAACCUUCCUUAUUCCUGAAGCUAGACAUUGCAAAAGCAUUCGAUUCGGUUAAGUGGGACUAUCUUCUUGAUGUUCUGAAACAAGUGGGAUUCAGCCAAAGAUUCAGAGACCUGAUUGCUAUCUCGCUCGCCUCUACCUCUUCACGGAUCAUCCUAAAUGGUGUACCUGGGGCUCCUUUUCUUCACCGCCAAGUGCCUCAGUCAGACCUUUGGCAAGAUCUCCGGCCUCUGCACAAAUUUCAGAGCAAAUCAGCAGCAUACCCAAUUGCAUGUGAGGACCAUGUGAUUGAGGAGGUUCUAGCUGAGUUUGAGGGCGAAAUCAGCUCCCUCCCGUGCAAGUACCUUGGGAUGCCUCUGAGCAUUCGCAAGCUUCGGAGGGUGGAUUUUCAAGUGCUCAUUGAUAAAAUCGCAGCAAAGCUUGCGGGCUGGAAGGGGAAAUUACUUAACAGGAUGGGACGGCUGGCUCUCAUCAACUCGGUGUUAACCUCCUUGACCACGUACUAUCUGACAAUUUUUGCUCCAACCAAGUGGGUUGUAAAGAGGAUUGACAAGCUCCGAAGAAGUUUUCUUUGGAAAGGAGAAGAAGAGGCCAAAGGAGGCCACUGUGCAGUCAAUUGGCAACAAGUAUGCUCCCCCAAAAAGCUUGGGGGCCUUGGAAUAAAAAACCUAGCGUUCUACAGCAGAUCUUUGAGAUUAAGGUGGGCUUGGUACUCCUGGAAAUACCCCAACAGGCCUUGGGUUGGAUUGCAAAUUCCAUGCACUAGCACUGACAUGCAGCUGUUCAACGCCUCCACAACUGUCAAGCUUGGUGACGGUCAAAGUGCUAAAUUCUGGAGUAGCUCAUGGCUAAAUGGUUCCGCACCUAAGGACAUCGCCCCAAACCUACAUAAGCUUGCAAGGCGGAAAAAUGCCUCGGUGGCGGCUGCUCUCCAUCGAGGCCGCUGGAUGAAAGGAAUCGAGCAACUUAGCACCACUGAGGAUCUGAUCAGUUUCAUUGACCUUUGGCACCGGAUACAAGGGGUUAACCUCUCGGAUCAACCGGAUGACAUUGAGUGGAAAUGGAACGACAGCAAAUCAUACACUGCUGCCACUGCUUAUGAUGCCCAAUUCAUCGGAACCAUUGCGAAGCCUGAGCUGAAUGCCCUUUGGAAAGCAAAGGUGGAGGGAAAGAUCAAAUUCUUUGGUUGGCUUCUGUCUCAAAAUAGACUGCCAACUGCUGAUCGUCUUCGCGCGAGAGGAUGUGAACACAACGACACCUGCUCCCUCUGCGACCAAACGAUUGAGACUGCCGCUCAUCUGAUCUGUGGCUGCCCUUUUGCAAAGGAAGUGUGGCAGAAGAUCAACACCAUGCUGCCUAACAUUCAACUUCAAGCAACCUUACCGUUCACCUCCAUCGCAACCUGGUGGAGAAGUUUUGCCUAUGGGCAGCAGAAAAAGGCAGCAGCUGCGCUAUACUUUGCCUGGAAUAUUUGGAAUGAGCGAAAGCGAAGAAUAUUCCAAAACCUGUCUUCAACUGCUGAUAUCGUGGCUUGCUUAGUCAGGUCUGACUUAGCAUACUUGGACAUGGCCAAUGUGAGGCCUUAG